AUCAGUGCUGAGGGAUGGAGCACAUGCUCUGCCUGGUCUGUGCUGCCUGCUUCUGAGCUCAAGGCCCUGCCCAGACUCUCACCCACUGCCCGUUUCCCUGGUGUAAAUCCCCAUCAAUGAGGUUCUUUCGCCUCACCUUCAAGUGCUUUGUGGAUUGCUUCUGAGAUUACAUCCUGAUUCCCACCCAGACCCAGAGCCAGCUUCCCGACCCAGCACCCAUCUCAGUCUUCCAUCGCAGAGCCCUGCCACCAGCCUCGUGUCAUGGCUCCAGUGUCUGCCGAAACAUCUUCAGAGGGCAGUGAGUGCUCAGAGGUAGCCGAGCCAGAAAGUGCUGAGCCAAUCAGUGGCCCAGGGGAGUCCACCCUCGACGAGAGUGCCAUCACUGUCCCUCUGGUGGUACCCAUCGGGCCGACAAAGCUGUCCUUUCCUGAGCGAGAGACCUGGACCCGCCAGAUGGAUUUCAUCAUGUCAUGCGUUGGUUUUGCUGUAGGGUUGGGCAACGUCUGGCGCUUUCCAUACCUCUGCUACAAAAAUGGAGGAGGUGUCUUUCUGAUUCCUUACCUGCUGAUCGUUUUCGUUGGGGGGAUCCCUGUCUUUUUCCUGGAGGUGGCCCUGGGACAGUUUAUGAAGCAAGGUGGAAUUUCAGCCUGGAACAUUGCUCCCCUGUUUAAAGGUUUGGGCCUGGCCUCCAUGGUCAUUGUCUUCUUCUGUAACUCUUACUAUAUUAUGAUCCUCGUCUGGGGUGUCUUCUACUUGGCCCACUCACUGACAGAGACGCUGCCGUGGGCCACGUGUGGCCACUCGUGGAACACUCCCCAGUGCACGGAGCUUUUUGGUUUGAGCGACUGCGGCAACAACACCCACAACGGCAGCACCGCCAGAAACUGCAGCAGCCUGGCUGACCAGCGCUCUCCCGUCAUUGAGUUCUGGGAGAACAAAGUACUGCAGAUUUCAGGAGAUCUGGGUGAUCCAGGAAAGAUCAGCUGGCAGCUGAUCCUAUGCUUGCUUGUAACUUGGGUCAUUGUUUAUUUCUGCAUCUGGAAGGGGGUCAAGUCAACUGGGAAGGUGGUCUAUUUCACUGCACUGUUCCCUUAUGUGGUGCUUAUCCUUCUGCUCUUGCAUGGAGUGACGUUGCCUGGCGCACUGGAUGGGAUCAUUUACUACCUGAAACCUGACUGGUCCAAGCUUGCUGUGGCCCAGGUAUGGAUUGAUGCUGGUACCCAGAUCUUCUUCUCAUAUGCUAUUGGGCUGGGAGCCCUGACAGCACUUGGCAGCUACAAUCGCUUCCACAACAACUGUUACAGGGAUGCAUAUCUCUUGGCCGUGAUCAACAGUUCCACCAGCUUCUUCGCUGGCUUUGUAGUAUUUUCAGUAUUGGGCUUCAUGGCAUCAGAGCAAGGGGUAGACAUCUCCCAGGUGGCAGAGUCAGGUCCUGGCUUGGCCUUCAUUGCCUAUCCCAAAGCUGUAACACUGAUGCCGCUGUCUCCACUUUGGGCUACCCUGUUUUUCUUCAUGCUUCUUGUCUUGGGUCUAGACAGCCAGUUUGUGGGCGUAGAAGGCUUCAUCACCGGUAUCCUAGACCUGUUUCCACAGCCAGCAGCAGCCUCACCCCGCAGGGAGAUCACAGCCGCCAUCUGCUGCCUUGCCUGCUGUGUCAUUGAUCUCUCCAUGGUGACUCAGGGCGGGAUGUACGUCUUUCAGCUGUUCGACAAUUAUUCUGCAAGUGGAAUCACAUUGCUCUGGCAAGCCUUUUGGGAGUGUGUGGUGGUUGCCUGGGUUUAUGGAGCCGACCGCUUCAUGGAUGACAUCGCCCGGAUGAUUGGGUACCGGCCUCUGCCCUACAUGAAGUGGUGCUGGUUAUUCAUUACUCCCAUGGUGUGUGUGGGCAUCUUCCUGUUCCACGUGGUAAACUAUCAGCCACUGACUUACAACAAGACCUAUGUCUACCCCUGGUGGGGGGAGGCUAUUGGCUGGAUGCUGGCCCUUUCCUCCAUGCUUUGCAUCCCCUGCACUGUCACUUACAAACUCCUGCGAAGCAAGGGCACCUUCCAACAGCGCUGGCAAUUGCUGACCACCCCUGUCUGGGGCCACCACCAUCUGGAAUACAUGACACCCGAAGCAGAGGCAAAGUUGCUGCCACCACCAGACAGUCUCGCUGCGGCCCCGCCAGAGAAGGCUACGCUUUUUGAGACUGUGAUUUAAUGUCUCUUGCCCGCUUCCAGUAGGAAUAACACAAGACCCUCCCCCCCCCAACUCCAAGGUCAAGCGGAGAGGGAAGAGGCCAAGGGAGAAUGGGCAUAACGGGGCGGAGGGAGUCCCUUGCAAAUUAGAAGACCUUUGCCCUGUUCCACUUUUGGUUGCAUUGUG